AUGACUACCAAGGACUCCGAGGCCUCCGUGGCCGUUAGUAUCGAAGAGCUUCGUUCUUCUAAAGAUGCUAUCCUCAUGUGGAGCAUGUCUAUUCAGGCCCAAAUUGCCGACUUCAGCAAGGCCUAUGUUGAGCAUGUCAACAACAUAAUCAACGGCACCUCUGCGACUAUCGAUCUCCCGAUCGUGCCCGCCGGCCUGAGCCACUUUGACUUUGUUCCUCGCGCCAGUAGUCCCGGCGCCAAGUCCGAAGCUGGCGUUCGCAAGAAGCGCAAGCGCGCGCCCGUUGACCCCAAUGCGCCCAAGCGUCCUCUCACUCCGUAUUUCUUGUACAUGCAGAACAACCGCUCCAAGAUCGCCGAGGACCUUGGUUCCGAGGCAAAGCCCAAGGCUAUCGCCGACGAAGGAACCCGCCGCUGGCAGGAGAUGGAUCUGAAGGAGAAGGAGAUCUGGAAGUCCAUUUACGGCGAGAACUACGAUCGGUACAAGAUCCAAAAGGCCGCAUACGACGAGUCCAAGAAGAACCCUGUCGAGGACACCGACCCGGCUGCCUCCCAGCUGCAGCAGGACAUUGCCGGUGCUGAGACUCAAGCUUCAGAUUCCUCGGACGAUGAGGACGAGGAAUCUUCUUCAGAGUCUCCUUCGCCUAAGCCGGUAAAGGAGAAGACACCCCCGCGCAGCUCUACUAAGCGCCGUCGCAGUGAUGCCAAGGCCAUCAAGGAGGUGGCUAAGGAACCUAUACCCGCUGUCACUCCCGCCAAGAAGGGACGAGGCAAGGCGGCCGAACCCACUCCACUCCAGGAGAAGCUGCCAGAGAAGCGCAACCGUACCAAGAAGCGCAAGAGCGAGGUUUAA